GAGGAUCUUGUUCUACGGUUGUUGGUUAAAUUGUAUCACGUGGGUUAUGAUGUUGUGUUUAAAAAUUGUGUUUUUAAUGUUUUAUUUUUAAUAUUUAUCCUGAAAUUUUAAUUUUUUGUUGAAAGUUUUCGCCUAACAUCGUUAUCAGGUAGGUCGUUGGUCGUUCCUGCGGGACUGUGCGAACUCAGGUGUCUGACCCGUGCGCUCGUGGUGGCAGCCAUGAUGAUCGACGACCCGGACGACCCCCUGGAGCAGUGCCCGCUGCAGAAGUCGCACAUGAUCCGGCGGUCGCGCAUGGCGGUGCACCUGGCCAAGUGCGUGGUGGCGACCAACCCGGGCUCGGAGCUGGUGCAGUGCCUGUACGACUCGACGCACUGGGUGAAGCAGCCCCUGCUCCACUUCCACAUGACGGAGCAGUGCGACAAGCGCGAGCUGUUCGAGAAGUUCGUGCUGCAGCCGGACGCCGUAUGCAACCCCAACCCCUCGCCCCUCACGCAGAGGACGGAGCUGCCCCCGCCCGAGGAGGACUGGGACGACGGGCCCCUGACGGGUUACGACCCCAGCCUCAAGGCGAGCAGCGAGGCCGUGCUGCGCACCAUCUGCGUUGCGCCAAAGUCGAAGCGCCGGGAGUUCCGCCAGCACGAGGUGGAGCGCUUCCAGGAGCUGGCUCAGCAGGGCAAGGUGGGGAUGAGCGUGUCGGGCCGGGCGCGCGAGCCCCUGGCGGCCCCCGCCCCCCUGCGGCAGCCCCGCGCGGAGGUGUCCCAGGUGAUAGGCGCGGGCCGGGGGGCCCCCUGCCGCGGCGAGGCGUCGGAGGAGGUCGAGCGGGCCAUGGGCCGGCUGAAGCUGGACCAGCCCCCGGGGCCGGCCGACGAGCAGGCAGACGGCUGGGUGGCGGUCGGUCGAGGAAGCCACAAGAAGGAGCGCCGGGAGGCGAGGCAGCCCGAGCCGAGAGCUCCCGGGUUCGUGGUCUCCGGCCGGGACGCCAUCGCGGUGCCCCGCGGCAGGGGCAAGUUCUCCAGCUCGUGAGGUUGUGUGCACGCUCUCACUGGUGCAUUGACCGUUUGUUUUUGUACUCACGUCUCCUGCCCAGCUCCUGUACAUCUUUUCCUUUAAGUGUGGCUUAAGUUGUUAUACUUGUUCAUCCUUUUUUACUUUGUUCAUGAUGUAAUAUUUUUUUUUGGUCAAGAGAAACUUGUGUUGUUAAAAUCCUCAGUUUUAAUACUACACGUAGCCAUGGUGUACAUCGCAUCUGUUGUUGGUUACACCUGUUGUACUAUUUCCCCAUCAACCGUGGUUGACAAAAUUUACGAAUGCAUAACAAGUUGCUGAGUGGCCAUCAACUCUUGAAAAUUUUGUACAGCUCGUGUUUUAUAUGUAAAGCAAGAGUCUUCACUUCUGUGAAAAAUUUUGACUACCAUACAAAGCAUAGACAAUGGAUGGCUCUAAAUGUGCCACUUCAAUGUCAGUGUCUCUCAGCAGUGUCGGGUGAUAGUUUUUUAUUUAGAAGAAAAAAAAAUUGCCUUGAUUUUUGUUGCUUAAAACUUUUUAUUUUAUAAUGCCAUACUUUAAGCACAUGUAUAAGUUUAUUGGCAGGCUUGAUAAUUUUAAAAACAUUAUUAUAAGGGUUCUGUAAAGUUGUCGUGUUUUUUUUUUUUUUUUUUUUUUUCAUUUAAUUCCUUUCACUUAUAUGUUAAUAUUGAGGUCAUGUUGCAAACUAUAUUACGUCAUCUAUAUUCUUGAGAAUAAAAAAGGUAGUACAUAUGACAACCUAUAAUUAUUUUACUAAUAAAUCAAAUCAUAAUUUGUUCAGUUAAUGACAAUUUUUAAAUUUUAUUUCAUUUGCCUACACAUUCCUUCAUCAUUGUGCUCAAAUUUUCCCUGAAUGAACACUGUAAAAAUAUCAACUAAACUAUUUAAAAUCUAAAUGCAUAUCAUCAAUUUGUUGUUCUUCUCUAAAAUAGUAAUGCAUUAUUGUUCUGGAUGUGCUUUUACUGAAAUGUCUGCACUGUUUUGUAGGAGAAUUAAGGUCUGCAUGAUUCAACUUUGCUGACUGUUUACAUUUCUCAACUAAGGCAUAUCUACUCCAAAAUUUUAAGUUUUUGCCAGUGCAGUUAGUUCAUACACAUUUGCAAUUGUCUUGUUGAUUUAAAGUUAAAGGGUACUAAAUGUAAUCAAUAUUUAUUGUUUAGGUUACUUUUUCUUUAGUGUCCAUGUUAUUUUAAUUCCUGGAACAUUUUGUUUCAAGAUAUUGAGCAUUCCUCAUCCAUGAACUUAUCAAGAAUUAUUUCUUUUAAGAAGCAGGGUUGUGAAUUUUUACCUUGGGUAGUUUUAAUACGCUAUUCAUGUGUAAGUGGUUUUUGUAUUACAGGCAUCACUCCUUGCUUCACCACAUUAUUUAAUAUGUAUGUAGGCAAGAUUUUAUGGUUUUUUUUGUGUUAAUUUUUGUUUAUAAAACAAAAGAUUUUGGUUUUAACUUUUUUUAUUUUUAUACAUUGUCUUACUUCAUAAAGAUAGUGUAUUAUUCAACAAAAAUGGAACUAAAAUAUUUCUUGAUACAUCCUUUUUUAUCUCAAAUAUUCCCAUUUUGACUUAAACAUUAUGCACUUUUACAAUUAAUUAAUUUGUUUGAAGCAGUACAGAGUAAAAUAUAUUAAUUUUUUCCAACCCAUUCAGUUCAUACAUUUUGCUUCAAACUUAAAAGCAUUGAAUUUACUGCAGUAAAAGGUUAUGUUUUUUUGUAAUUUGAAUUCAGAUUUGUCAAACCACUGAUUGAUUUCAUGAUUUUAAUUGCAAUUUGUUGCCAAAUGGUGUAUUAAUUUGCAUUUGCAUUUAGGUUUUAUAUGGUGUAAUGAUAUGCUUUUGUUUUAUUGCAACUAACUAUAUAACCUGCUCCCUAGUAAUCCAACAACCAUUGAGAUGUGUGCAUUUAGAUUUUUUUCAGUUGGAUUCAGCAUUUUUAGCUGGUCCAGAUUUGAUGCAUUUUUCUCGUACCACAAGCAGCUAGGUUUUAAGUAUCAUUGUGCAGUUUGUUAAUUUAAUUUUAGAUUUUCUUUAAAACUAUAUUGAUGUUUGAUAAUCUGACAAAACCACUUAUCCGGCACGGCUAACGUCCUAACAUGCCAGAUUAAAGCUUCUUUACUGAAUAUAUAUACACACAGACUGUUUUAGAAAUGCAAAGUUCGGUAUAGUUGUGAAUUAAAAGAAAUUUUUAAAGUGUUCUGAAUUUUGAUUACUACUGGACCUAGACAGUAACUUCCAGGCUUGCAUUUCACAACUUCAUAGCAGUCUCGCAAAGCAAGUAGAAAACAUUUUUUCCUUAUCUCUCUUUCAUCCAAACAUGUAAUUCGCAAACUAAACUCGUGUGAUUUGAUAGUCAAAUUGUAACCAUGUAUUGGUGUAGUACCUUGGUCUAGUCAGAGAAUCUAAGGCCCCAAAAUAAUUUCAAAAUAUUAAAAUUUGAAAAACGUUUGCCUGCGAUUGUAAGGCCCCUAUCUGAAGUGCAAACCUAUACAUAUGUAGGUACCGUAUAAACCCAUGUACCAUCCGCACCUUUUUUUAAAAAAAUCGGGUUCGAAAAAGUAGGGUGCGGGUGUUACAUGGGUCUUGGGCCAUUUUUGCACAGUGACAAAAUAACUAGAACUUUUUAUACUGGGGUUCUGCCGUAGUUUCAGUAGUAGUAGUUCUGCUGUAGUUAUUUGUAUGUCACUUUAAUUAAUUAAAAAAACUAUGAAUUUAAGUUUAAAUAGUCAUGAAUAAAAUAAUUUUGUGAUUCCUAUAUUUUCUAUGUUGUAGCUGUGUGUGGUGUUAAAAGGUUUGAAGAAUAUCACCUUCAGUUCUAUAGUACAGUGCAGUUUAUCUUAACUAUUUUCUACCUGUCAAGAUAACUUUUAAAUAUAAAAUUACCUUUUCCAGUAAGCUGUUGGGUGAACAAGCAAGACUUUGUAAUGUGUAACUUUUCACAGGAAGGAUCUGUGUCAAUUUCAAUAUAAAUUAUUUUGGGAUAAACCACAUGUGCAAUUUCAUAAAAUGUGAGAAAUCAUUUUAUAAUUUAAUAUUUUAUUCAAGUUUGAUACACAUAAUUAAUAUAAAUAUCAAGCAUAUUACAAAUAUAUAACAAUCUGACAUUAUUUCUCACAUAAUGUUAAAAUGACAGCUUAUAAAACUAACCAUUAUUUUUCAAAUUCUAAUGAACAUGAUUCUUUUCAUUCGCUCUUAUGUGUUGGGUGGUAAUGUACGUUACAUAUGUACAACUUACACACUCCACACGCUGGAGUGCACUGUGUAUGCAAUUAAAUGUGCAGCAUGAAUAUGUAUUGGUGUUAAGCCCAUGGUGAUUGAAGGCUGUGUUGAUGCAUUACUGCACAGUAGUUGCCAUCAGUGUAUAUAACUUCUAGUUGUGUUGACACCACAAUGUAGCUCUGAUAGUGCAUAGGAGUAUGGCAGCCUUUGUGAACAGUGGCAAAAAAAAAAAGGGGAGGAUAUAUCCCCCCUAAAAGUAUGAAGAAAUAUGUAUGAUAGAUCUCGGGGAAGGCAGUGUUAAUUUGAUUGAUGCAAGGUGAAAGUUGUCACAAAGCCUUGAAUCUCAAACUACUGUGGCAGUGAUGCAUAUUGGAAAUGAUAAUGUAACUGUCUAAACCCUUUGUUGUUGAAGUAAAUUUUUAAAAAUGUAAAAAAAUUUUUUUCCAAACCCUCUCGAAAUAAAUUCCUGUACCUGCCACUGUUUGUGAAAAAACUGCUGGAUUUUGUUGUAGCACAGAGUUAUAAGUCUGCGGAGUGGGUGAAUGUUCUAAAUUUUUAAUCUCUCUGGAUGGCAUUUGGUUAAGGAACUUUCUGGCAAGAAUCUUAAAAAAUGCCACUAUGAAGUGAAUAUUGUUAAAAGAUCAGCAAGGAAUUAGGUAGUAUUAAACUUUGUUACAAUUAAAACAUGUUUUGCUAUCUAGAAUGGAAAAAAAAUGUGAUAAGGAUUGAACAUACUAACAUCUUACCUCCAUGUUUUAUAGAUAAGUCAGUAUUAGUGUGGAAGUGAAGCAUUAUUAUUAAAAUAGUUAUGCAUUUUGUCACAUGUUUUCCAAAAAUAAAUAAAAUAUUUUUGAGAAAAACUUUUUUUUGUAAUUUGAUUUGUAUGAUUUGCUCAUCAUAUGGUAUUGUGGGUGUUAUGUUUGUUGAAACUUUCUUGCAGUUAGGAAAAAAUUAUAUGUUACUGUCCAUUUAGACUUGUUGGUCUUAAAUAUUCAUAAUUUUAUUACCAUAGCAAUCAGUUCACUAAUUUUUUAAAACAUCAUUACUGUGUGUUAUAAAACCUGCAAGACUAAUAUCUGUAAAUAUCAACGGUGCCAAUUACUUAGCAGUUUCUAGUUGAUGAUAAAGGUGUGUCGUGCUCAUUUGAUUAAGAAAAAACUGUGAUUUUUGUUCAAUGUAUGAACACUAUUUUUAACAUUUUAAUGAACAUAUGCCAUUGUUAGUUUUCACUGUAUGUCAUAGAGAAACCACAAGAAUAGACAAGAACUAUAAAUGCACAAACACACACAUAAACAAGCCAAAAUUAGCCAAUGUCAAAUGCUUCUGAAUCUCUGUGUUUCUGAUGUGCAUCAUCUCAGCUCUCAGUAUAUGGCAUUUAGUAGGUGUAAUUUCGUGAAUGGAACGUAAAGUCGAAUGAAUGGAAAUGUGUAAUCACUGUGCUGCCAUCUGCACAGAAAUCUCGAAAAUAUGGUGGAUCCACAGUAAACUCCCUAUGAUCCGCGGUGCAGAUUAUCCGCGCAUGCUACGAAAAAAUACAGCACAUAAUGUAAAUCUGUAUGUAUUUUAUUACAAGUGAGCAAAUUUGAACUCUCCUGACGAGUAUUGUGUGCAGUAUACAGUAAACGCCACAGGCCCUCUCGGAACUCACGCAGUAGGCUGGCCUGCGUUGCUAUUUUUGUCUCUGUCGUGCUGUGUUUCUGGUCGUAAGGUUGAGCACUUUUAUGUUUACAUUACUGAAAUGUAUUGUAUGUUAAUAAUUCAGUAAAAUACUAAAAUUUUAGCAUCAUUUAAAAACUUUUUACUGUUAAUUGUAACUUUUACUGAUAUAAAGUUUUAUAUUUUUAAGUUGAAA